AUGAAGGUCUAUUACAUCGGGAAGCCCGCCAUCCAGCUCUGCGGCGAGCACGAGCUGAGCGAGUUCUCGCGCUUCACGAGGAACGAGUACGCCAACUUUAUGACCAUGGUCAGCAAGACCAUCGCGGAGCGGACAAAGCCUGGACAAAGGCAGAGCGCGGAGGAGCAGGGCUACAUGUUCCACUGCUACGCGCGCUCCGAAGGCAUCGCCGGCGUCAUCAUCAGCAAGGACUACCCGUCGCUGACGGCGCACGCGGUCCUCUCCAAAGUCGUCGACGAGUUCCUGAACCAGUACCCCAAGCCCGCCGACCUCAAGGCGACAAAGGACAACGAGGUCGCCUUCGCCCCGUUGAAGAAGCACCUCGAGACGGCCCAGGACCCGGCACAGGUCAGCAGCAUCACGGCGAUCCAGCAACAACUCGACGAGACCAAGAUUGUGCUCCACAAGACUAUCGAUAGUGUGCUUCAACGAGGAGAGAAGCUCGACGAUCUGGUCGCCAAGUCGUCUGACCUGAGCGCACAGAGCAAAGCUUUCUACAAGAGCGCCAAGAAGACGAACUCGUGCUGCAUCGUCAUGUAA